CUACCUCAAGGGGAAGGUCGGUCAGGCGAGCGCGCGCUAGCUGAGCUGAACGAGACUGGCGCGCUGUGCAUACGGGCACCUCGGUCAGCAGCGCUGCCUGCCUGGCGUGAACGAGCAGUGCGUAGAGAUACCACGGGGCCUGCUGUCAGCCAUCUUGGCCACAGCACUCAGCGCCAGUAAGUCAAACUUCGGGUAAAUAUUUCCAUUCGUAAACCGAUUUGAUUGCUCAUCUACCCCGCCAAGGAAGGUCAGUAAUUAGUUAUAGUUGUGUCAUGGAGGACCUGGUUCAGCCUAUGGCGAUAAACGAAGCGACGGGAGAAGACGACGCCAACAUGGGAAACAUCUCUUCCACCAGCGACGACUCGAUGAAAGCCAAGGCCACGAAAAAGAGGAAAGAGCUCUUCCAGAUCAACACGCAUCCCGCUGCCACCAUCUCGGCCAACAACAAGCGAGACCUGCGGCUGAAGAAGAUUGUGAUGCGCGUGGUGGAGUUCUGCAAGAAGGAGCACGAGGAGGGCCUGCAGAUCCCCUUUCGCUUCUUCAAGAAGCGAGCUUCCGUCAUGACCGGCGUCUCGCUGUCCACCAUCCACAGGAUCGAGACUAUCGACAUGAAGGAACCCGAGGCCGGCGCACUGGAGAAAGCAGCCAAGGAAGAAUACAAGCCAUCCAAGAAAAAGAAAAAGAAAGACACAAACUCGACGCAAAGCCAAGACAGAUCCGCCAAGAAAUGCAAUCGCAAAAAAAAGUACAAGCCAGACGUCGGUCCUAUCGUCGUCAGCAUGACCCCCAGCAUCGCCAACAACAACAACGCCACCAUCAACGGCAACAACACGCUGAGCCUCAGCACCCUGCAGCCGGCCGUUCAUGCCUACGCCGUGGCUGGCACCGUAACAACGGCAGUCUCUGCCACCAUUAACCCCUUCACCGCCAACAACGUUGUCAGCAACCAGCCCGCCAUGAUGACCCAAGACCGGGCCGCCUGCAGCUGGACGACCGGCCCCGUGGGCCCCUUCACCAUGGGGGAGUUGAAGGACAACGUGGUACCGGUGGCCUUCGCCACGGGCCAGCUAGACACUAGUGGCUGGCCCGGUGGGACGGUGGGCCCCUUUACGACUAGCGUGCCGGGGACCACGGCCCUUGUGGGCCACCAGGUUGUUCAGACAUAUCAGGCCACUCCGACGCAUGCGCACGCUCACGCGCAAGGAGGGCGCAACUCUCCUGUGUUCUUUCAGUUCUGAAACGUCACAUACCGGGGUCAAUACUGAGUCUCGCUAUCGGUUCGUGACAUCUCUUGUUUGAAGAGGCUAAUCCUUCGUUUGGAAGCUGAACCUAUUCGAGAGUUGUAGCAAGGUGGAAAGAAGUCAAAAUCAGCUGAUAGAGUUUGAUUUUUUGUUACUUUUGUAACCAUUCGUACCACAGAAAUCGAGUGACAUUGUACGGAAGACUGCUGAGUCAAAUCGAAUGGGACAACUUUUUGAGUAUGAAAAGAUGGCCCGUUGCUGACUACACGAGACUUUGCAUAGUGACAGGCCUUUCUGCUAGAAUCUCCGUCAGAAGCUUCUAAAAUUUCAUUUUUGUGACCUAGUUGGCCAUCUGUUAUAGAUAAAGUGGAAUUUCAUAUUUUUCAA